CAAGAUCGGACGGCAGGUGAGAUGGAGGAGGAGAUGAAUCCAACCACCGAGAUUUAAGUCUUCUGUCACCGCGUUCCGCGAUCUUUCUGUUCGGUCGUCUUACUCUACCCCGCUCGCACGCCCGAUUCCCGGGAACGAAGCCCAAUCCUAUUCCUUCCUUUUUUUUUCCCUGUUUUGGGCUUCGGAAGCACCAGAAACCUUCGCUUCUGAUCGAAAUUUAUCGACGAUUCUUUUCUGUUCGUUCCAAAGUUGGCGUCUUUCCGGUUAUGUUAGUUGCAAGGGCACGCCAAGAUCGGGUCUUGAGGCACUUAUUAUUCUGAUGGGUUUUGCGCUGUCGCUGGCCUAUGUUUUUCUUCAACCGUAGGAAAGUCACCUCCCGCUCGGGGCGGGACGGGGUGGACUCCCGGCAGCCGCAGCAGGGGGCGGGGCGGCGGCUGGACCGGCGCAACGCGGUCAAGAACUUACAGUAUGAGGCGGCGGGGCCUUCGUGGACCUCGUUCUCCUCCGCCGACUCGGAAGAGUACCACAACCUCCGGGCUACCCGGUCGCUAGACCUCUGGCCGUCGACGUACGCCCGCCAGACGAGCUUCCGGAUCGGCGGCAGCAUCGAGGGCGAGGUGGACAUCCUCUACCGCAGCCUUGGCCUUGACGGUCCAGAUGACUUCGCCAUUUCUCAGUCCGACUGGGAGAGGCACAAGGUGAGGUCCUCUUCCGACAUCCUCCCGAGGCCCAGACCACUCCAGCCCGACAUCCCAUUCCCGAACGAUCUCACCUUUGCGCCUGAAGAUCGCACCUUGGUGAUCGAUUCUACUCCUUUUGAGCCCUUGUCAGUGUCCGGAGAAGAGCACAGAAGCCAGGAGGAUUGGGAAGAGGAAGAUUGGCAUCUCACUGAUGGUUCGAAGGCUGAAAUUAGGGUUGCUGAUGAUGAACCUGCCAAGUAUCCCUGUGUACCUCCGAGUUCUGGGGGACGAGAUGGAGGAAUUCGAGGAGUCAGGCCUCCAGUUCUAUCUCCAUCAUCUAUGGCAAAAUUUUCACCUUCACCGUCGAUACCUAUCCUCGACAAUCCGUCAUCAGUUCUUAAAUCGCCUCCAGUUUCCCUUACAGCCGUUAACGGAGUGACUUCGUCUUGGACCUUUGCUCCAGAGGAAAGUGGUCCGGAGGCAGGUGGGAUGAGAACGGUAGAUUCUGAGGUGAUGAACAAGAAGGAAGAGGUUCUUGCAGGAGAUGAAAUCAACGAGGAGUUGUGGUUGAGGGAAACCGCUGAAGACUUCAAUGGGACAUCCUCUUACUCUACGAUGAACGAUGAUGAAUCAUCCAGUACGACUACUGAGACAUUGUUCAUCAUCUCACCAAAUGGUCGGUUCAAGAGGAAUAUAAAGUCAUGGAUGCGUGGUGCACUCUUGGGGAGUGGUUCCUAUGGAAUGGUGUAUGAAGGGAUCAGUGAUGAGGGUAUAUUUUUUGCUGUUAAAGAAGUAUCUUUGCUUGACCAAGGAAGCAAUGCCCAACAAUGUAUACUUCAACUUGAGCAGGAGAUCGCACUUUUAAGUCAGUUUGAACAUGAAAACAUAGUUCAGUAUUAUGGGACAGACAAGGAGGAUUCAAAGCUAUAUAUCUUCCUUGAACUUGUCACACAAGGUUCCCUUGCUUCUCUCUAUCAAAAAUAUCGUUUGCAAGAUUCCCAAGUUUCAGCAUAUACCAGGCAGAUCUUAAAUGGCUUAAACUACCUUCACGAGCGAAAUAUUGUGCAUAGAGAUAUCAAAAGUGCAAAUAUAUUGGUUCAUGCAAAUGGAUCCGUCAAACUUGCAGAUUUUGGACUGGCAAAGGAGAUGACCAAGUUCGACGCGAUGAAAUCUUGCAAAGGCAGUGUAUAUUGGAUGGCUCCAGAGGUCAUUAAUCCUAGAAGUUCAUAUGGACCUGCUGCCGAUUUAUGGAGCCUUGGAUGCACUGUUUUGGAGAUGUUGACUCGUCAGAUACCUUAUCCCGACCUGGAAUGGGCACAAGCCUUUUAUAGGAUUGGCAGCGGCGAACAGCCUCCUAUUCCAACCUACUUAUCUAAAGAUGCACGUGAUUUCAUUAGCCAGUGUGUGCAAGUGAAUCCAGAUGAUCGUCCCACUGCUUCUCGACUUUUUGAGCACCCAUUUGUCAGGAGAUCGCUGAGUGCUUCAGAAUCUGAUUCAUCAUCACUCAAUAAUAGGAGACGAGUUAGCUAGACAAGAAAAUGGCACCUCAAAAACAUCUAGAUUUUUUGGCCACAAGCUGCAAAUAUGCCGGGAAAGAUAUAUCCACAGUCUUAUUCAUGGCAUCAGUCAUGAUCUAGGAUUUGGUACUGAAGCACCCACAGUUUGCAAGAUGAUCUUGAUGCUCAUUGGAAGGCCAAGCUAGCUGUAACAAUUGUGGAAAAAUUCAUGUUUAGCUGCACGAGAUGGAAGCUGAUGUGCAUCCAAUCAUUGAGCAAGAUGAAAGCACGAACCCAUAUCUCUCUUUGUUUUUGAGUGCCAAAUCUUCAAGGGACGUUUAUUUUGAGUAAAUAGUCAUUUUUGUGCUGGUAACUCAGUUGUAUCUUGAUGUGUUCAUGUUGUAAAUAUUCUUUCGCAUCAAUUAUCGAUCUUCUUAGAACUAA